AUGUCUCUCUGUGAAUCUUCGGCCUCUGAACCGGAGGUGAAAAGUUGCGAUUUAGAUGAGAUGGAGGAGGAUACGACUUCAGUUUUCUCGGAGUCCUCAUCGGAGCAGUCUGUCACCCCGGCUCAGCGGUCUCUUUCGAUGUUUGAGCGAGUCAUCACCACCCACGCGCCUAUUCUUGAAUCUCUUCUACUCCAGACUCCCACCGAUGCUAUCCUAAAGCUCUUUCAUACCUCCCGCUACCUUCGAUCCUUCCUCCAAUCUUACCCAACGGCAUGGAAGUACCUCUCGUUCCGCUUGUUCUACCCAUCCGGCAGUCAGUUCCCGCUCCGGAUCAUAUUUCCUGGAGGAGCCGAGUCGGUGAUGCCACGCCAGUCGCGGUCAUAUGCUCUCGAUCAACUGUUGAUGAACGUGGUGGUUCCGUUCAGCCCGUGUCUGAAGAGUCUAGAGCUGGAUAAUACCGCGGUCUCGGGGCAGAUUCUAAUCUCUACUGUUUUGCACUCGCGACGAGAAACCCUGGAGCACCUUUCUGUCCGCGGCUGCAAGAAUGUCUCUCUCAAGUACCACAUUAUCCCCUAUCUGACCAUGUUCGGGCUCCAGUACGACGUGGACAUGGAAAAGAAUAUCGGCAGCUCCUCGUCGACGAAACGACUUGCGCUCAAAAGUCUCUACACCUACCGAUGCCGGCAUCAUAGACGCAGACCGUACCUCUCAUCUUCUCUCGUGCGAAAGGAUUCUGACUCCGAGCCUACGCAUGAAUUGGUCAGCCUCUGUCACAAAUUGGGGAUCUGGACUGACACUGCAUGGUGCUCUACUCCUGCCGGAAGAUGCUUCCGGAGAAGGAGCUAUGUUUCUAUGAGGGUCCCUCAAGGUUCUGCCGAAGUAUGGGUGGUUUUUGAUCGGCUGUGGAGGUCUAAGAAUUGGAUCGGCCCAGUGGAACCGGGCAGUCGGCCAAGCCAGAGAGAUGGGAAGCUGUGGGAACACAGCGAGACCGGCUGCAAUGGCGAGCCACUCGGCACCGGAGAAGGACAGGAGCCGGGCGAAGGCAAGAUGACGCCUGCCCAUCUGCGCUCGAGCCACACUCGUUUUGUUGACAACGUCCGCUGCGACAAUUGCUUUGAGGAGAUUUCUGAGAGAUGCGAACAAUGUAGUAUUUUGAUGCACUGCGUCGGGUGUCGAAAGACCCUGUGUGCGAGCUGCGCGUAUGACCGACCUUAUCUCCACAGUCGCACCAGUUCGUCAGCGCCAGAGGACGCAGCGAAAAGCUUCUGGUGGGCACCUGGUGCUGUUGUGUCCCCGUGUCUCAUGCAGGAUCCUCUCAGAAGCACGACGGACAACGUCUCUGUCAAUCCCAAUGACCCAGUGCCUUAUCCGAACCUGAAAUUUCAUUGGUGUUGUACCGAGCCCAUAUUUUCUGGAGGCGGCGGCAUCAGCAUCGGCACCCCUAACCGGGACGUGGACCAGGUGCGCGCAGCUCCUUUGCCCCGGGGUCAAGGCUGGGAGGAUUUGGAAUACUCGGCCAACGAGUGGAGCAAGACCUUUCCCAAGUAUGCUUACGGUGACCCGCGCAAACCAGACUACUCCCUUGAGACAGGUCAUAUCGCCAUGAUGAAAUGGCUACUGGGACCGCCAGAUCGCCAGCCUACAGCAUGUCCUCGGAAUCUGUGCCAAGAAUGUUACGACGCUCCUCAGUGGAAGGUUCAUUGCAAGAGUUGUUCGAAGCCAUUGUGCAUUGAGCACGACUUGCGGGGCCUCCGUCUUCGCAUCUGCGGUUAUCGGGACCUGGCUUUGGAGAAGAUGGCUAUUCAGAACCCGUCCGGGCUGAGGUCCGAUCAGCUCAACACCGAAUUGAUGCGAGAGCUCGGCAUUGCACAGCCCGGGCUUGCGGGUUCCUCUCCCGAAAUCGAGCUACCUUACCGGACCCUGCGCAUCUUCGAUUCUACGACUAGCAGUUUCACUGAAGACAACGGGGACGGGGGUGCCAUUGGCGAUAUGGGACAUCCCGGCCUGCUGAGUUCGGGUAUAUCUUCCAGGCCUGUGGCACCUAUCCACCGCCGCUCAAGAAGUUUCUCGGUCAGUAAUUCAAACCGCUCUCGGUCCUCGUCGCCCUCGUCCUUCUUCUGCGAGUCGCCGUUUGAUUCCCCAAGAUGGCAAGGCUGCCAGUCCUUCUUUUGCCCUCAAGUUCGCGCGGUCGGUGACCAGCGCCAGAGAUGCUCUAGUAUCCUUCGGGAAUGCACGGCCUGCUCGGUCUACGUCUGCCAGGAUUGUAUCAAUGUCAACCCGCCUUGCAACUGUUCCUUUUGUCAAGUGCACUACCACUGCCCGAAUUGUAUGAAGCUCCGUGAGCGGGAUGGGACAUGUCGUCGGACGGCAGAAGAAAAGGCGCGACGGGAGCAGAAGUGGAAGCAAGACAUGCAGGCUCUGGAAGCGAUUCUGGAGUUCAAGCUGGCGGACGAGGUUGUGGAAUUUGCAGGACAAUUCUUCGACCUGGUUGAGGCCAUGUCAGACGUGGAAGUACACGAGGUGGAGGAUAUUCAGCAGAACGAACCAUCGGCCUCGAUCUUCGCAUUCAAUCAGAGUCCUCUCGGAGCGGAAUUCCUGGUGGAUGAUGUAUUGACUGACAGUUCCGAGUGA